CGUGCGUGUGUGUCUGUGCACAUCUAUGCGUUGCCGUGAUGGCACCACUUUUUGACUGCCUGCUGUGUGCGCUCCCCGCGCGUGUUUGUGUGAGCGAGUAGUGUAAUGAAUGAAUGUAUGAAUGAAUGUGUUUCUAUUGAUUGAUAGUUGGGGUAGUGAGGGGACGACAGGUGGAUGGGGCGUCGCACGAUACAUGAGUUCACGACUCUCACUCUACAGCGCCCGAUCGAGUUGAGACGCCUGAGACGAUCGAAGAAAAGACGCAUUUCACGCAUCACUUUUGUACGCAUCAGUUUUGUACGUUAUCGUUGCUUAUUGUCGAGAUCACCAGCGGCCAGAGGACAUACCCCACGUCGAAAUCUAUCGAAUGGCAUCCGUCGCCAACGGCCCCCACUCAGACGCAGCGGCAGACGAAGCCGCUGUGGCCGUGAAGGGCGAUGUGACCGACAAGGCCGUCACGAACGGCGUCAAGAGGGGGCGGGCUGGUGAGGAGGAGGCCGGGGAGGAAGAGGCAGCCCCUCAGGCUGGUGCCGUUGUCGGUGGGGUUGGCAAAAGGAUAUCUCCGCGGUUCAUUCUCAACGACCCCUCCACUGAGGUCUUCUCUGUCCGCUUUUCGCCCGAUGGUAAGCCCAAAAUCAAGAUGAAUCUGUGGACGCAUAUCUCUUGUUGAAUCUCCCGUCUCCCUGCCGACUUCCUGUGUUUUGCUCCUAGAUUCGCUGGUGGCAGCGUCCCUGGGGAAUGGCCAUAUCAAGGUGUACUCGACGGCCACUGGGGAGCUGACUUCCCUCCUCACCACCCCCACACCUGGCGAGACAGGGACAGCUCUUCCCGGCGGCCGUCUCGUGCGGCUUAACAGUGGCAUUGCCGUCCCUGCUGGGCCCGGCACACCCAUCACCAACAUCCGCUGGAGGCCGGACACUUCUGCUGCUGCUGUCAGGAACGUAAGACAGAGAGAAAAUCGAUCAACACAUACAACGGCCCAGAGACAUACAUUGAUUGGUUGGCUGAGUGCCUCUAGGUGUUGGUUUCGGUCGAUGUGGAGGGCCGCAUCAUCCACUGGCACGCCACCAAAGGCGCCGACAAGAAGCUGCAUGAGUUGCGGGAGGAGGACAACCAGCUCUACUGCAUCGACUUCAGCACCGACGGCCUGAUGUUCGCCACGGGGGGCAGGCAGCGAUACAUCACUGUCUACGACGAGACCACCAAAGACGUCAGUGUCAUGCUCAGAGGUGACAGGCAGUGACAUCCGUCGGUCGAUGCGCAUCUACUUGUCCCUCUGGGCAGGCACCGAGUCCAGCAUGCACCCGGGCCAUUCCAACCGUGUGUUUUCCAUCCGCUUUCACCCCACCGAGCCCAUUGUCGUGAGCGGGGGAUGGGACCACACUGUGCAGCUGUGGGACAUGCGGACCGGACACGCUGAACACUCACUCUACGGCCCCUUUGUGUGUGGAGACGCCGUCGACCUAUCAGGUAGACACCAACCGGAUGCAUGUAACCAAAUGGCCAUGCCAUUUCUGCACAGCUGACGGGACGACCAUCCUGACGGGCUCAUGGCGGAGUGAGAAGCAGCUGCAGCUGUGGGAUCUGCGCACCCGGAAGCUGCUGGAAGACAUCGAGUGGCACUCGCCCGCAUCCCUCACCGACCAGUGCCUCAUCUACGCGGCCGAGUUCUCGAAGGACACUGGCUCGUCGCUCAUCGCUGCGGGCGGCAGCGGGGCCAACGAAGCCAAGAUUUUCGACAGAGAAAGCGGCAACGUACGUCGGGCCGCUCAUCCCUAUGCAAACAGAGAGCAGAGAGAGACACAUGGCUUUGUUCUUUCAUGUGUGUGCAGGCGUGCAUUGGGACGAUCACGGGCCUGUCCAAGGGAUGUUACAGCGUGGAUUUCUCGUGUGGCCCGUCAGUGAAAGGUGCGGCGGGCAUGGUUGCUGUGGCGGGGGGAGACGGGUCACUCAGGCUCAUCAACAUACACAAAACAUGAUCAACAUGGCACAUGAACGGAUGGAUAAGAGGCAUAGAUGGCCCACUGGACGGGUGGAUCGAUAAUCGGUAUUUUUCCGUUGCAACAGAACUCUCA